GCCACUACUAAAUCCACUGGUUUAAUAGUAAACAAAACAGUUGUCAAGUGUCAACGUCAACGUCAAACCCACAUGUUCGUGCAGAGACUCAACCACCAGCAACCAAAGAGAUGAACCCGUCGGAAGUGGCCAAAAUCACCCAGAACCUCCAAGUACAACUAUCUGAGCUGGAGACUCUCCAGUCUAUGUACACCCGUGAGGAGCUGCGGGUCGAGGAUCUGAAUGUCCUAGCCCACGUCAAUGCUUUCGUGGAGGGACGAAUCCCCGAUCUCCCUAAUUAUUUGGACCUCACUGUGAACCUCCUCGUCGAUAAACAGAAGUUCGAACUUUGUAUAAACUUGUCGCAUGAGUACCCAGACGCCGAGCCCGACCUCUACGUCCGGAACCACAAACUCAACAAGCAACAACACGCCGCUAUAAAUAAGGAUUUAACCGAGUUUAUUGGUGGUUUAAACCGGGGUGAAGAGUGCAUUUUUUCAGCGAUUUCGUGGCUACAAGACAAUGCCGAAAACUACGUGGUUCUGGAGCAAGUGGAGGAGCCAACAAUCGAGAAGAACGAAACUCUAGUGCGCUACUGGAUUUAUUCGCACCAUAUUUAUAGCAAAAGUAAGAGAAAGGAGAUUCUGGAUUUAGCCCUCAAGUUGAAUAUUACGGGGUUUUGUAUGCCGGGCAAGCCCGGAAUUAUCUGCGUGGAGGGGACGACGAGUGAUUGUAAUGAGUGGUGGCAGGAGAUUAAAGCCAUGAAUUGGAAACGGAUUUUUUGUAAAAUUAGUGAGCAGUGUAGCGAGUCAAGUGAAGAUUUUUUAAAAUUUCGAACUUUUGAAGAGAGGGUGUUCCAUAAUAAUAAUAUUAAGUGUAAUCAUAUGGAUAUGGGGGAGUUGUUUAAGUUUUUAGAGGACCAUCAAUGUGGGUAUAUUUUUAAGGACAUUUUUGGGGUGGAGGCCAAGUCAAACUCGUCAUGUUAAACCUUACCGUUGUCGCUUUUUGUAAAUUUAUCCAAUAAACUGCGUUUUUUCUUAA